AUGGCCAGCACCGCUGCAUCUUCACCGUCGAUUGUGGCCUCGCCCGUACCGUUGCCAACGUCGCGCCCGACCACCGCCAGGGCCCGAUCGUCCGUCUCCGGCCCUGCACCGCUCGCCUGCGCGCCGCCCACCCAGCAUCAGCAGCACCAGCAGCACCACCGCGCGCCGUUGCCCACGCAGCCCAAGCCUACCUCCGCCACUGCCGCCAUCAAGCAGGUCAAGCCGGAGCCGGUGCCGCUUCCCAGACUCUCCGUCUCAGUGCCUCCGGCCCCGGAUAAGAUGACCAUGGCCGCCGUCGUCGCCCCCGGCACCCCAAUGGAGGGACCCAAAAUUUCCAUGACGUCCAAGGAAUGGGUCAUCCCGCCGCGCCCCAAGCCCGGCCGCAAGCCCGCCACCGACACGCCGCCCACCAAGCGCAAGGCACAGAACCGUGCUGCCCAGAGGGCAUUUCGCGAGCGUCGCGCCGCCCGCGUCGGCGAGCUUGAGGAGCAGCUUGACAUCUACAAGCAAGAGUACGACAAGAAGGAGGCGGAUCUCAAGGAAAAAGUUCACAGCCUCGAGCUCGACGUGCAGUCGUUCCGUUCGCGAUGCAUGCUUCUUGAAAAUAUGCUCGACAGGGAGCGACAGGACAGAAUCAGAGUUGAGACAGAGGCCGAGACACUACGUCGUCGCCAAAGCGAGCAUGCUUUUCGCAAUGAGAGAAUGAGCAAUGCCCCGUCUCCCCGUGAGCAUCAUCACCGUCACAGCCUGCAGCAGCACCGCCAAAGCAUGUCAAGUAAUAACAGACUACCUCAUCCGGAAACCAGCCGGGAUUUUUCUAUUUCUCAAAUUAUCACACCACCAGAUUCAAUGGACGCACAGAACGCAGCCCCUCUCGCGGACACUGAUAUUACGUGCGGAAACUGCACAACAGAGGGCCGAUGUGCCUGUGUUGAAGAAGUCCUUGCCACGGCCACAUCGGGCUGUGGCAAGUGCGGGUUCGGGACCUCGUGCCAGUGCCUCGAGGACCUGAGCCCUACCAAGCCCCAAACCAAUGAACUCAAGCGGCCGUCGUCGCCCUCCAACCAUGGCGGCGCGGGCAAGCGGAUGCGUCAGGAGCCAUCUGGGAGAUUCAACGACCAGGAGAUGGAUUUUACCGAGGCUUUCGCACGACGACAGUCUCAAAUAGUGGCGUCUAUAAACGCAGAUCCCCCGCCCUCUGAGAUGAUGAUGAUGCAGUCAUCGUCUAUUGACGACAUCUCCUUCAAAGACAGCUGCGGCUUCUGCAAGGACGGCACGUACUGUGCCUGCGCCGAUGCUGCCAUGGCGACGCCAGCCAUGACGCCGCCCGAGUCGCAGCCCAACGUUCCCCGCCAGGUGCAGACCCCUCCCCCAUCCGAGACGGACGUAAUGCCGCCGCAGCCAUUCAUCAUGGAGAUGACGGCCGACGGCGCCGUCAAGCUGCCACCCCGAAAGCCCAAGAUCGGGCAGGCGGCCAAGCCCUCGGGUGGCGGCUGCGGCUCUGGGGCACCCGGCACCUGCGCGCAGUGCCAGGCAGACCCCAAGUCGGGUCUCUUUUGCCGGCUCAUGAAUGCCAAGUUUGGCAAGGAGCAGGGCGGAUGCUGCGGCGGCAAGGGGCCCGGCGGUGGCUGCUGCAAGUCGAAGCCGGCCAAUACGAGCAACGCCAGCAGCAGCAGCAGCAGUAAAAAGGAAGAGGAGAGAAUCACGCUGCCGAGCCUGCCGAGCCUGGGACUGAGCUGCGCUGAGGCGUACCAGACGCUGGCGAGUCACCGCAACUUUUCCGAGGCGGCCAACGACAUUGGCUCGUGGUUGCCCAAGCUCAAGGCAACGUCGAGGACAUCCCCGUCGUCAAGACAGAGCUCGCGAGGGCGCAACGCGAUUGAGGUGGAGGCGGCCAGCAUAAUGAGUGUGCUCAAGGAGUUUGAUAUCCGCUUUGGACGGGAAUGCUAA